AUGACUCCACUUCCGCCUGGUGCCCGAGGCGGGCUGUUGUCGCAUGAUACUGGACUAAGCCAAGGUUGUUCGAUCAACGACUCCGUUCACGAGCCUGCACACCGCGAGAUCCUACAGUACAAUCCGAGACCAGACCGAAAGACCAGACGAUUUUUAAUUUUCAGCAACUCAUCUUACAAGACCUGCAUCAUGGUGCUCCUUAACCUGCUGACUUUCGGACUCUGGUCAAAGGUCGGACGGUUGACACACUAUGCUUUUGACGCUGUUCUCUUCUCGGCUUUCCUCGCCGGCAUGAAACGAUCAACUGGCUUGACUUUCAAAACCGAUAGAGUCGCUGGUGAGAACAAAGAGUUCACUGGCUGGAUCGAUAGAUACCUUGGUGUUGGUGAAUGGGUUAUGGACCAGUCCGUUGCGAUUGCCGGAUCUAGCGGCUACUUCGAACGAACCCGAUGA